UGGCCGUGUCGUCCUGCAGGAGCUGUGCCAGUGUCGUCCGACUGACGGGAACUGCUCCUGCUGUAAAGAGUGCAUGCUGUGUCUGGGGAACCUUUGGGAAGAGUGCUGCGACUGCGUGGGGAUGUGUAACCCCAAGAACUACAGCGACUCUCCGGCCACGUCAAAGAGCACAGUGGAGGAGCUCCACCGCCCGAUCCCCUCGCUGUUCCGCGCCCUAACAGAAGGCGACGCGCCGGUCAACAUGAUGGUCGUGUCCUUCCCCGUCGCCGAGGAGCUCUCCCACCACGAGAACCUGGUGUCCUUCCUGGAGUCGCUCGACAACCAGCCCCAGAACGUGUCCGUGCCUGGAAACAGCAUCCACGCCAGCUACGACACUCAAGAGAACAUGUGCACCGUGGUCUACUUUGACGACUGCGUCUCUAUCCGUCAGUGUAAACUUUACUGUGAGUCAAUGGGAGGAUCCAAGUACCGCUGGUUUCACAACGCCUGCUGCCAGUGCAUCGGGCCCGAGUGCGUGGACUACGGCAGCAAGGCGGUGAAGUGCAUGAACUGUCUCUUCUGAAGCGCGGGCACAUAUUGGUACCAAAUGUCUGGGCGAUACCAGAGGACUGAGGGCAGAGGGAACUAUGACUAUUGUGUGUUAGCGUUCCUCAGUUAUCUUGUAAAAUACCCCCUACACCCCCUCCUCCUACCCCCUGCAAAUUGUUUUUAUUCUGCUGUUAUAUUUCACUGUAUAUUUUUAGAUAUGUUUUCAAUAGUGUUUUUUACUAGAGGUGUAUAUGAAUAAUGUAUUUUUACAAUCACGGUCCGCUAAAUCCCUGUCUCAUGCCAAAUAAAGAAAAGUUUGGUGACGUGGACGGUUCAGUCUCAGA